AUGGCAAAUCUCAACACCAGUUUUAAGGAAGGCUUCAUUUUGGUGGGCUUCUCAGACUGGCCUCAACUGGAAGUUUUCCUUUUUGUCUUUAUUUUGAUUUUCUACUUUCUUACUCUUUUUGGUAACACAUCCAUCAUAGCGCUUUACCAACUGGACAUGCGAUUACACGUGCCCAUGUACUUUUUCCUCUGUCAUCUCUCUUUCUUGGACCUCUGUUACAUCACCAGCACUGUGCCCCAGCUUCUAAUCAACCUGCAUAAACUUGACCGGACCAUCAGCUAUGGAAGAUGUGUGGCCCAGCUUUUCAUCUUCCUUGGCCUGGCCUCCACUGAGUGUUUGCUUCUGGUGGUGAUGGCAUUUGACCGCUAUGCUGCUGUAUGCCAUCCACUUCAAUAUGCAACCAUUAUGCACCCUCGUCUCUGUCAGACAUUGGCUAUUAUAUCCUGGAUGGUAGGCUUUAUAAAUUCUUUGAUUCAAACAGGUCUCAUGAUGGCUUUGCCACUCUGUGGCCACCAGCUGAACCAUUUCUUCUGUGAGAUGCCUGCCUUUCUGAAGUUGGCUUGUGAGGACACAGAAGGAACGGAAGCCAAGAUGUUUGUGGCUCGUGGCAUAAUCUUGGUUGUUCCUGCUGUACUCAUUUUAGGUUCCUAUGUAUGCAUUGCUCAGGCAGUCAUGCGGGUUAAGUCAAUGUCUAGACGCAAAAAGGCUUUUGGAACUUGUGGGUCUCACCUUUUAGUAGUUUCGUUUUUUUAUGGCUCAGCCAUAUAUACAUACCUCCAACCCAUCCACAGUUAUUCUGAAGGUGAGGGAAAAUUUGUUGCCCUUUUCUAUACAAUCAUUACCCCCAUUCUCAAUCCUUUGAUUUAUACAUUAAGGAACAAGGAUGUGAAGGGAGCUCUGAGCAAGGUAUUAGGAAAAGGAAGAGAUUAG